AAAAUUUUAAUACUUUUUACAGCAAAAUAACCGCAAAAAUGUCGACAACAACAACGUUCAUUAUCGUGUGCCUGGCAUUGGCGGCAAAUAUCUUAACAGUGAGUGCCAUUCGGUGCCAUCAGUGCAAUUCGCAUGAGAACGAGGACUGCGCCGGCCUGGUGGUGAACACUCCACGCGCCCAGCGGGACGAACAGUAUCUGAAGGAUUGCGUGGCCCCUGCGGGCCAUGAGGCCUUCUGCCGGAAGACCGUGAUCAAGUUCGAAGUGAACCACGAGCACCGGAUCGAGCGGAACUGCGGCUGGAUACCGGAGAAGAUCCAGAAUGCCUGCUUCACCGCCGACAAUGAGGGCUACAAGCAGGUCGUGUGCACCUGCAGCGAGGAGGGAUGCAAUGGAGCCAGCUCCUUGAUGGGAGUCCGGCAGGUGGGCUACAGUCUGGCGGCCACAGUGGUCAGCCUGACAGUGGCUAGCAUCCUUAGACACUAAACGCAUAUCCUUGUAUAUCCUGCAAAGAAAAGAGUACCUUAUUUUACAAGUGGCUAAAAAACUAAGUCUUAACGAAAAUACUGCACUAAGUUCUUCAUUCCACUCUCUGAUGUAUGCCAUAUCCUUAGUAGUUAUGUCCAUCGCAGCAUCCCAUCUGUCUUGUAUUUGUAUUUAAUUUCUAUGAAAAUAUAAGCGUAAUAUUUAACUAAAAGAGA